AUGUCGAGUGGAGGUAGAUUGGCAUUGGCCCUCAGCGUCGUCGUCCUCUUGGCCUUCACGGCCCCGUGUUCUGCGGCAACCCUUCAGGCAGGAUUCUACAAAGGCAAGUGCGGUCUCGUGGACGUCGAGUCCGUGGUCGCGACCGUCGUGGCUGCUCAAUUCGCCAGGGACCGGUCCAUCGUCGCUGCGCUGCUCCGCAUGCAGUUCCACGAUUGCUUCGUCAAUGGCUGUGAUGCGUCGAUCCUGCUAGACGGGAGCUCGAGCGAGAAAACGGCGGGGCCGAAUUUGAGCGUGAGGGGCUACGAUCUUAUCGACGCGGUCAAGGCAGCGGUCGAGGCUAUUUGCCCCGGAGUCGUUUCUUGCGCCGACAUUAUCGUCAUGGCAACUCGGGAUGCUGUCGCUUUGGCCAAGGGAGGAAGGUACGGUGUGCAAACGGGAAGGCUUGACGGGAAGGUAUCCCUCGCCCGAAAUGUGAAUCUCCCAGGUCCUUCCAUCACGGUGUCUCAGGCCGCUUCGGCCUUCGCUCAAAAGGGACUUACUAUCUCCGACAUGGUCCUUCUUCUAGGUGGCCACACUGUCGGGAUCGCGCACUGCUCCCUCUUCCAAGACCGGCUCUACGACUUCAACGGACUGGGGAAGCCCGACCCGACCAUGGAUCCUAAGCUCGUGGCCGCCCUCCGGCCGAGGUGCCCGCAAUCCGCCACCCUGGACAACACCGUGGACCUGGACCAGAAUCCCACGAGCGCUCUCGUCGUGGACAGCUCCUACUACAAGCAGGUACUCGCCCGGAGAGGGGUUCUGCAGAUCGACCAGGAGCUGGCGUCGGACCGGCGGAGCAAGUCCCUGGUGGCGACGCUGGCCAACGCCACCGACUUCUCCGCCAGGUUCGGCCGCGCCAUGGUCAAGCUGGGGGCGCUCCAGAGCCGCCUGCCCGGCGAAAUUAGGAGAUCUUGCCGAGCCCUUAACAAACGCCGUUGAAUUAGCGUUUGCCCUCCCGCCGAUUGUUCGGA